AUGGCAGAAUAUGAAGCAUUGAGGAACAUCAGGCUUCGAAGUCUUGUCAAGAUCAUCACUUCUUGCUUGAGCAUAGACUUUCAAGGGAAUGAUUUUGAAGCAUUAGUGGUUGAGUUCAUGCCGAAUGGGAGCCUGGAUAGAUGGCUACGUCCUACAGAGAAAGGCUUAAAGCUGAAUAUAGUCCAAUGGUUGAACAUCGCAAUUGAUGUGGCUGUGGCGCUAGACUAUCUCCACCACCAAUGCCAUGUGCACAUAGUACACUGCGACUUAAAGCCAAGCAAUGUCCUUCUAGAUGUUAACUUGUGCGCACAUGUUGGUGAUUUUGGCCAAGCGAAAUUUCUCAUGGAAAAUGCCUCUCAAACGCAGAACAGUUCGAUUGGCCUAAGAGGCACAGUUGGCUAUUCCGCUCCAGGUAAUCAAUUCAUGCCUUCAUGA